AUGUCCGAUAGUCUGGAUAUUGAAGAGAAACCUCCAGCCCCACCAUUGAGAAUGAACAGCAACAAUCGUGAUUCUUCAGCGCUAAACCACAGUUCAAAACCGCUCCCCAUGGCCCCCGAGGAGAAGAACAAGAAAGCCAGGCUGCGCUCCAUCUUCCCAGGAGGAGGGGAUAAAACCAACAAGAAGAAAGAGAAAGAACGUCCUGAGAUCUCUCUUCCCUCCGACUUUGAACAUACCAUUCAUGUGGGAUUUGAUGCCGUCACUGGAGAAUUCACACCAGAUCUCUAUGGCUCACAGAUGUGCACAGGGAAGCUCCCAGAGGGCAUUCCAGAGCAGUGGGCCAGGCUACUACAGACCUCCAACAUAACCAAACUGGAGCAGAAGAAGAACCCACAAGCUGUUCUAGAUGUUCUCAAAUUUUAUGAUUCCAAAGAAACAGUUAACAACCAGAAAUAUAUGAGCUUUACGUCAGGAGAUAAAAGCGCCCACGGAUACAUAGAAGCCCAUCCUUCGAGCACAAAAACAGCGUCGGAACCCCCUCUAGCUCCCUCUGUUUCUGAGGAAGAGGAUGAGGAUGAUGAAGAGGAGGAAGAUGACAAUGAACCUCCGCCUGUCAUCGCACCACGGCCUGAACAUACAAAAUCAAUCUACACACGCUCUGUAAUCGAGCCUGCUGCUGCACCAGCACCAGCUAAAGAAGCCACCACUCCCCAACCUGAAAACUCCAACACAAACACUUUGUACAGAAACACAGACCGGCAGCGGAAAAAGUCCAAGAUGACAGAUGAGGAGAUCCUGGAGAAGCUGAGGAGCAUCGUCAGCGUGGGAGAUCCUAAGAAGAAAUACACUCGGUUUGAAAAGAUUGGCCAAGGGGCGUCGGGAACUGUCUACACAGCCAUCGACAUCGCCACGGGGCAGGAGGUGGCCAUAAAGCAAAUGAAUCUCCAGCAACAGCCCAAAAAGGAACUAAUUAUUAAUGAAAUCCUGGUCAUGAGGGAAAAUAAGAACCCCAAUAUUGUUAACUAUUUAGACAGCUACCUAGUGGGUGACGAGCUCUGGGUGGUUAUGGAAUACUUGGCUGGAGGCUCUCUAACCGAUGUGGUGACGGAGACGUGUAUGGAUGAAGGACAGAUAGCAGCUGUCUGUAGGGAGUGCCUGCAAGCUCUGGAUUUCCUUCACUCAAACCAAGUGAUUCACAGAGACAUCAAAAGCGACAAUAUUCUUCUCGGCAUGGACGGAUCUGUCAAAUUGA